CAGCAGCCUCACGGGCAGAAAAGGGAGAGCCGGGGCACUGUGCUGAUGCUCUGGCGCUCCCCUUUCUGCCCUUGCGGCUGCUGGGGGGCUUUGAGAGCCGUCGGAUGCCUGCAGCUAAUCUCGCUUUCAGGAGAGGCAGUGAGGAGGAACAGUGCUGAUUUAUUCCCUUAGACGGAGCCUGAGCUCACCCGCCGUUGUUUGUGCAACGUAUUACGAUGUGCCCAACCCCUCCGUUACUCGGCGGUGCUGGCUGGAGUACCUGCCGGUCUCCAGACGUCACCGGGCUCCGGUUAUAAAGCGCAGGCGAUAGAGCGUCUCCCCGGCUCCAUCCCUCCGAGAGGCGCAUCUUUGAGAAGCGAGCUGUACGCAGGUGGAAAGAUGUUUUACUCAGGUAUCCUGACAGAACCGAGUAGAAAAGAAGUGGAGAUAAGGGAAGCAGCAUCUCUCCGCCAGCAGAGGAGGAUGAAGCAGGCGGUUCAGUUUAUUCACAAGGAUUCUGCAGAUCUCCUCCCUCUGGAUGGGCUGAAGAAGCUGGGGACUUCAAAAGAUACUCAACCGCAUAAUAUUCUGCAGAAGCGCCUGAUGGAAACAAAUUUAUCAAAAUUACGAAGCAGCCGAGGCAGCUGGACCCCGAAGAGUGAUAUCUCGGUGCAGACCAACAAGCUGAAUCAAACCAAACUGGGCAGCUCAAGCAAAACAGAGGAUGAGGAGCUCAUUGUGGUGAGCUGCCAGUGUGCAGGGAAGGAGCUGAAGGCUGUGGUGGACACCGGCUCACAGCACAACCUCAUGUCAUCUGCUUGCCUGGACAGGCUAGGGUUAAAGGAGCAUCUCAAAGAACUCCCUGGUGACGACAAGAUGGUUUCAUUGCCGUACAAGGUGAGGGCAAUCGGCCAAAUUGAGUGCCUCGCCCUCAUGGUGGGAGCAGUCCCUGUGGAGUGCGCAGCCCUCGUCGUGGAAGAUAACGAGAAACCCUUCUCCUUUGGGCUGCAGACACUGAAAUCUCUGAAGUGUGUCAUAAAUAUGGAGAAGCACCAUCUCGUCCUGGGGAAGACGGACAGGGAAGAAAUCCCGUUUGUGGGCAGUGGCAGCCCUGCGGUGGGAGAGCAGUAAGUUGGUCGGGGGGCAGUUUGGAGGCAUAAAGAGGAAUUGAAACACCAUCCUCACACAAGAGCUUGACAUCAAAGAAAUCUUGUGCAGCUGUUCCAGAUGAAACAGCAGCGUGCUGCUUUGAAAACAUUUAUACUAGGCUACAGCUUGAGUAGAGCUACAUGAAAUCCUGUUCAGUAGCCGAUAAUUUAGAGAUAUUGUCAUGUUUAUCUAUGGUUUUUGAGAAACAAACGUGUGCUUAUUUUCUGGACUUUUCUAUAUAGUGUCCUCUUUAUUACAAACAGUUGGGAAAACCUUAUGAAGUUCUGAUGAGCAAAAUACUUUUUAUAGUGGCCUCGUAUGAGUAAUUGUAUUUAGCUGUGAUUAGAGGCUAUCAGAAUGAAAUUUUUAUUAAUGAUUUUUCCAGGGGCUAAGUAUUUAUAUUCACUUAAUUGAUAUUGCCACAUUCAAAUGGCCAUUACCAGGAAGUUACUCAGAGUAAAGUAACAACGCUAAUACCACCUAGGAAUUACAGCUCAUCCUGUUAGCAUAGUAUUGUUGCCAUGUAAUUAGGGAUGCAACUGCUGGCUUGAUGACAAAGAGCAGUUUACAGAAUUAUUAGUGGGUUAUAGGCUUCUCCGCAAUGGCAUGGCAGAAGCACAGAAACAGGGUUUGGGAGGGCUCCCGGGGUGAUCUCCUGCAGCCCCCAGCUCGCUGUGGGGUUGGUGCCAGCACAGGGGCAGCCCAUCGCGGUGCUGCCUCACUGGGGCUUGAAACCCCCUGAGGAGGGAUCCUCCAGGCAGGUCUCAGCUGCCUGCCUAGUGGGACUAGUCAAGAAAAUUAAUUAUCAUAUUGAGCCAAAAAGCAACAAACAAGCACAAAAGUAUGUUGUCUGGAAAGCAGCAUAUCAGGAACCAAAUGGCCCCAGCACGGCCUUGGUUCACCCCUGCUGCCAGGACUGGUGCCUCCGCCCAGCACCCAGCCUGAGGCACCAGCAGCACCCGGGCUAUGUGCUGGUGAGGCUCAUCCACCCCAGUUGGACUUCAGUGUUGCUGCCAGAAAUGCCAUAUUUUUUGUAUCUAUUUACAAAUUGCCUGGGAUCUUAAGUACUGCACUAACCCUGAUCACCCUCAGGGCAGGUGGGAGUUUUCACCAGGACAAACAUUUCCCUCGGUGUUCCUGUCCUGUAGCAGCAGGGUUGCUACUUCAUAUACUGCUCGCUCCAGACCAGAGCAAAUGUACGGUAUUGCCUGGGGGAGUCUGGCCUCAUACAAAAGCAGCUUUCUGGAUUUUUUUUUAAAGCUAAUGGGAAUUAAUUACUGUCAUCUCCUGAAGAGGCAUCUUUAAAAUUCAGAAUAAUAUCCUUGUGAUGUUGUGCAUCUGCUGAGGAGCAGUCUCUCUGCAGGCAGAGCCGCAGAGGCCAGCUGUGGGCCGCGGGAGCGCGGCUCCGGCAGCUCUUCCUCAGCGAAAGCCCUUUGGCCCAGGCAGGUCGGGCUGUGGGGCGGCUCGGCUGGGCUGCGGGCUCUCCUGUGGGACCCGAGCGGCUGCUCAGGUGUCGAAGCCUCCCCGCAGACAUUCACACGCCGCUGGCCCAGGCAUCCUGUGGUGUGUAGCGCCAGCCACAAGCACCAACACUGUCACUGGCUUUUCCACUUAGGACAUGUCUUGACAGUCCUGGAUGAGGACCAGUAACUUUGUCACCUUGUGGCCAUCGGCUCAGGUCCAGAGCCUGGCCCACAAGCCCGGCUCCUGCUACCUUUAUCCACCCUGUGCCCAGUAAUGCCAUCUCAUGCCUGCCAUGGCAUCUAAGCUGGAACAUUAUCUCCCACCGUGGGUUUGAACCUCUUUUCAAUAUUGGGUAUGACUAGCAAAUCUGAACUCUCUGUAUUUUGAGCUAUUUUAUAUUUUGGUGAUAAGUUUCAGUGCUUUCUCUACAUACAGUAUUUUAUAUAAUGCAGCUAAAUAUAUAUAUAUAUUUACAGGGUUACCCAGGGCAGUCCCACCAAUGUGUUGUAGAAAUAUUUCACUAAAUAUGAAAUAUAUUUGAUUAUUUUAUAUGCUAUGAGUUCAGUAUUUUGGUACUUCUUUCUUUCUGUGCUUAUUACUGUGCUAAAUGUCAAAUUAAAUCUAAAUAAAGUUACACUGUUAUU